GUUACCUCUAUCUCUACAGUUAUCAAUCAUCUCAUGUAUGAUCUAACGUGUCUUACAUAAUUUAUAUAAGUGAUUCCUUCGGUCAUAAUUCUUUGAAAGUUUGAAUAAUGAUGGGCUAAUAAAUUAAUAUUCUAACCUAACCUUAAAUUCUGGUACACACCCAUACAUGUUGUAACGACAGCAAUAUAAUCUUGUAUCAACGAUCUUCAUUCAAUUCCGAUCACUCACUUUAGCCCCAAAAUAUUUACUUACUCUUGUCUUUAGAUUCCCAAUUCUUGGCAAAAAAUUUCCCAUAUAAAGAAGAAAUGCGUCAUUAGUAAGUUCAGAGGCGUCUAAAAAUAUUCUAAGAAAGUACCAAGUAAUAUUGAAAAUUGAUUGCACGGGAUAGCCGAUUGGUAUCGAUCCCCGUGUAGGACAAAUAUUUUUGUGAUCUACAAAUGCUUGUUCUGCCUGUUGACCUUAAUAUCCUAUUAAUAUUUAAACGUGAAAGUUUAUAUGCAUGUAUGACUGACAGUUUAUAAUCAUUAUUCCUUAUGGAUGUUCUCGUGGAAUUAUUUGUGGCAGACAGACUUGCGGGCAACAGCUAGUUAUUAAAUAAGAAUUAAAUAACUAGUGUUAAAUCAAUUCAAAUCCUUUCUAAUUCUUGAUUAAUUAGUUAUUAUGGUUUUAAUGAGAGUAUUAAUAUUAAAUAGGCGUCUAAAUCGUGAUUAUGGCUAUCUUAAUACUGAUUUGUGAUGUAAUAAUUAUUAACUGUUAGGUUAGGUUCGUAGUUAAAUUAAUUCUAGAAGUUGUUUAGUUAAUUAAAUACUAAUAACUUUGAAUUGAAACGUAACUUCUCUUAACGACGUUCUUAGGUGUCUAUCCGUCGCUACAGUUUGCCUUGGAGUGAGAGAGACAGUAUGAGAUGUAGACAAAAUGAAGUGUCAUUAUUUUUCUAUACAGAAACUGAAUGGUUUACUUUGAUACGUUUCUUGAAAGUGAUUUCAAUGUUUUGCUAUUACUUAAAUAGCUAUUAAGGCGAUUUUCCUAUUUAUUAUUAGAAGUACGAAAAUAGAAAUUAAUAACGAGAUACUUGACCUCAAAAACUAAACACUGAAGCCUCAUUUAAAUAUAACAGUAGGUACUUAAAAUUCACUUAACGCGAAGCCUUCAACAAUUCACAAUAACAAAGUACAAACAUUUCUCUUAAAAUGCACGUACAUUAUGUUUAAGGGGCUAUAAUUUAGGCGUUUAACUAAUUGUGCGGCAAUUUGCAAGAGCCAGUGCGUGCGGCCCGCCACGCGUAGACUAAAGACACGAAAAUGUGAAGACUUAAUGCUUGGGUCACGCCCUAAGUAACUGCCGAUAGGUUAGCUAUUCUAGAAGCUCCGGUAAGGAUAUGACGUCCUGGUACUUUGAUGUUGCAAGUUGUAUUUGUAUAUUGGUUGUUUUCUCGUUGCCAUGGUUACAGCUCAUGAGAAUGUCAGUUGAAUAAUCUCUGCACAAUAGAUCGCUUUUUAAUACCGAACCGAUAUUGUCAAGCUAAUCCUCACGACAAUGAUAUCUUUCUGCCCUAAAUAAUUACCACGAUUCAAAUGUCACAACGUCCAUAAUUCGCUGGUUGGACGGUUUGUUAUAUUUAGCGCCAAACACGGCUUAUACUCACGACUCGUUAUGAUCACGCUCAGCUGAUAUACCUUAUGAUCGAUUUUAUCUCGCCGAUCUGCACCGUAAAACUCAUAACUUCAGUAAAUGCUCUCAUUGUGUAGUGACAUUCGAUAUGAUCCGAUCAACCUUUGACCUCUGAAAAUGCUAAACGGUGAGGGCUGCAGCCCGAGUGACAGUGAAGAACAGUAUUAAGUGACAAUGUUCCACGUGCAAGGAUCGUUCGAGCAGUCGCUCCGCUGCGGCGACGAGUUGUCACCUAACGGCAAUAAAACAUUAGCAGCUCUAGCUAAAAUACACAAACAUUGCACCGGGAAAGCACAUGCUAAUGGAUGUGCAGACCAUAAACAUAAUCCUCUAGCAAAAUCAGAUUCCAACACCAGUCUCCAUUCCCGAAAAUCCUUUCGCAAUGAAUGUAUAAUAGAGAUCAAAGAAUCUGAUAAGAACAGCCACAACGCCGUCAAAACUAAUGACGGUUUGUACACGAAAAGCUUUAGCAACAGUACCAGCUCCUACGAAGGUCACAGCGAUACUGACUCAGAGAACACGUUCAAAUCUCGCCAAGAGCAGCAUAGAUCCGCAGAUCCUUGUGAACGCUUGUUCGCUCAGAACACUAAAGCUUCCUUAAUGAAGACUGCUCGUAUGAGAUACGCCGACGACAGCGUCAUAUGCGCUCUCCAAGACGAAGUUGAUGGCGAAAAAGUUAAACAGCCAUUCAGCAGAACGCCACUACGAGGCAGUUAUAGAGAUAGGAAAUCUGGUGUCGUCACUAUAGAAGAAGUCAAAUUAGACGGAUCCAACAAUGAUGAAGAGCUAGCGAAUUCUGUUCUCUUUGAUGAAAAGCGGAAGACUCCAACACAAACCAGAUCUAGCCUGCAACGGAAAGGUUCUGUAAGCAGCACUACUAGUAAUGGGAAGCCAAAUGCGAAUGGAACUAAACCUCCAUGGAGGGGAGCCAGCAAGAAAGGAAUUCCUAACGAGCCUUUUGUACGGACACCGUCCUUUAGAGGCAGUAUUAGAAAGAAGGUAGUUAAAAAUGAUGGGAUUCCUUGGAAGAAGUUGUAUGAGCUCUCGCUGUGGCGCAGAUACGGUGUGAGCUUUGCAGCUGUUGGUGCUGACGCCGAGCGGGUCUUGUUAAGACCUUGGACCGAGCUGUCUUCACAACACGAGCCGCCACCAUUUAUGGCUAAAUCCGAAGAGCAGUUAGAAUGCGAGAAGGAAUGGCUGCAGGCUGGCCACAUGUGGCUCGCGCACCGCGGCGGUUUCACGGCGGUGGUGCGGGAGGCGGAGGCCGAUGCCGGGCGGGCCAAGGUCCGCGUGCUGCAGACUGGAGAGAUACUGACCGUCGAUGAAGAUGAUUUGGAGAAGGCAAAUCCACCCCAGCUGGAGCGCUGCGAGGACAUAGCGGCUCUCCGCUGCCUGAACGAGUGCGGCGCGCUGAACGUGCUUCGCGCGCGCUUCGCCGCCGGCCUGCCGCACGCGCGCGCCGGACAUGCGCUCCUGGUACUCGGGCCACCGAAACGCACGGCACCUAUUUAUACAGACAAGGUGGCAGCGAUGUUCCGUGGCUGCCGCGCUGAUGACAUGCCUCCCCAUGUCUUCGCCGCCGCGCAGUCGACGCACCGCUGCAUGCUGGCCUCUCGGAGAGAUAGGGCCAUCGUCUUCCUUGGCAGGUCUGGUUCCGGCAAGACAUCAGCCAUGCGCCAUUGUAUCUGGUACCUCGCCAGCGCGUACCCCGCGCAGGGCUCGAAGCUGACACCCGAGCGGUUGGAUGCCGCUUUCGAUGUGCUGCACAUGUUUGGAUCUACACGCACGGGCUCGAACCCGCACGCGUCUCGCUUCGUGUCGCUCACGUCGCUGGACUUCGACGGCGGCGGCGCGCUGGCCGCGGCCUCCGUCCAGGUGCUCCUGCCAGACCUGCGCCCCGGACAGGCGCCGCUCCGGGCCUUGCACACUCUAUACCACGGCUGUGACGGGCGCCUCCGCCGCGAGCUGCUGCUGGAGCAGGCCCCCGUGACGGCGCCGAACCCCUUCCUGACCGCCAGCGAGCGCGCCGACGCGCCCACUGAGUUCUCCGCGCUCAAGGACGCGCUGCAGCUCAUAGGGGUCACCGAACAGGAGCAGAUGGCCAUGUGGAAGAUCAUGGCGGCCAUCUGCCAUUUGGGGUGGGCUGGGGCUGUUAAAGCCAACACAGGCUCAGGUAUCAAGUACCAGUUCGCGAGUACAGGCUGCGGCCAACGCGCGUCGCGGCUGCUGGGCGUCGGGAGCGACGAGCUGGCGAGAGCUGUGUUCCUUACUGUACCCACCUCGCCGCAACCUAACUCCAACUUGAGGACCCCUUCCCCAUCGAACGAGCGAGAGAUGUCGGGCGCGGAGGCUGUUGACGCCUUCGUCACCGGGCUCUACAACGAAACCUUCAAUAUUGUGUCCGCCCUCGUUAAUAGGAGUCUCUCGACAUCAGCCCGCACAUCGGCGUCCAUCCUGCUGCUGGACACGCCGGGCGCGGACAACCCCAUGUGCGCCGGGCAGCAGAGCGGGGCGCCGCUCUCCAAACUGCUCUCCAACUACUUACAAGAGCGGCUUCAAGCCAUGUUCCACGAAGCGAUGCUGGUGGCUCCGCGCGACCGGUACGCGCAGGAGGGCAUCACCUUGGAUGAUGGCGCAGAAGAAGACUGGCUCUCGGAGACGGUGAACCCUGGGCCGAUGGUGGAGCUGCUGGACAAGGCUCCGCAGAACACCAUCGUGAGGAGCUCUCAGGCUGAUCUGAGAGAGUGUGACCGACGAGGGUUGCUGUGGCUCCUAGACGAGGAGUCCAUGUACCCUGGCUCGUCGGACGACACGUUCCUGGAGCGCGUGAUGUCGCACUACGGCGCGCCGAGCCACACGCACUACCUCAUCAAGAAGGCCCCGCAUGCGAGGCAGUUCGUGCUUCAGCAUUUACAGGGUACAAACCCAGUAUUAUAUGACGUGACGGGAUGGGUGAAGGCGAGCCGAGAGAACCCAGUUACCAAGAAAUCCCUCACGUUACUGCAAGAAAGCCAAAAUGAGGAGAUAGGCCGCCUGUCGUCGUGGUCCCGCGGCGCGUGCGGGCCCAGCGCGUGGGCCGGCGCGCCCGGCGACGUGGCCACGCUCCGGCGGGCCAGCUCUAUACGCAGGACGCUCACUUCAGGCACAGCUGGCAUGAAGCGUCGCUCCACGGCGCUACAAGCUAAGUUCGUGGCCGACGGCAUCGUGGACACGCUGCGCCGCUGCGGGGCCGCCGGCGUCAGCUUCGUGUGCUGUCUGCUCACCAACCAGCCCGCUGACACCGCUGAUGAUGUUAAUGUACCACUGUUGAGGUCUCAGUUCCGAGGUUUUCAACUACUGGACGCAGCGCGUUUGUACAAGCAGGGCUUCCCUGAGCACAUGCCGCUGUCCGAAUUCGCGAGAAGGUACCGACUGCUAGCGACAUCUGAAACUGAGGAGGCAGAAAGUACUCAGACGGCACAGACCACGCUCUCCGACCGACAGAUCGUUGACGACAUGUUGUUGACGUUGGACCUGGACGUCACUAGCUACAGACUGGGGCUCACUCAGAUCAUGUUCCGCGGCGGUGUCGUGGGCGAGCUGGACGCGCGUCGCGAUGCCGCCCUCGCGCGCGUGCUGGUCCGCCUGCAAGCGCGCGCGCGCGGCCUGCUGGCGCGCCGGCGUGCCCAGCGCCUGCGUACGCAGCACACGGCCGCGCGCUGCGUGCAACGGAACGUGCGCGCGUUCCUCGCCGUCAGGGACUGGCCGUGGUGGAGGCUGCUCGUUCGUGUCACCCCGCUGCUGGCCGUGCACAGGACUGAGCAUCGGCUUAAACAUGCACAGGAGGAGCUGGAGACCCUGCGGGCUAAACUGGACAAGGUGGAAAGUGAAAGAACACACUACAAGAACGAGACAGAACGACUCGAAACUAAGCUAUCAGAGGUCGGUGGCGAGCUCACGGAGGAGCGCGCGGCGGCCGCGCUGGCGACGGAGCGAGCUGACGCGGAGGCCGCCGAGCGACUGCGGGUGGAGCGCGACAACCGGGACCUGCUGGCCAAUAACCAGCGGCUGCAACAAGCAUCCGAACGACUCGAGCUCGAGCUCCUCCACUGGCGCUCAGCGGACAGCGGCGGGGCGGAGCCCUCGGACUCCGAAGGCUCGGAGGCCGACGCCAGCGCCGCCGGAGACAAGUACAAGCGGCGCUUUGAGAGGGCGCACCGGGAGCUGCAACUGUUGCGCGCGCAGCUGCGGCGGCAACACGAGGAUGACCUGGAACAGCUCGUGUCCGUCAAGAAACAGCUGGAGAAGAAGGUCCAAGAUGCAUACGAGGAGGUGGAGGAGCAGCGCGCGGUGGCCGCGCAGUGGAAGCGCAAGCUGCAGAAACUGACCAACGACAUGGCCGACCUCCGGUCACUGCUUGACGAACAGACAUGUCGCAACAACCUACUAGAGAAGCGACAGCGCAAGUUCGAUGGCGAGCUGCAGGCCGCGCAGGAGGAGCUGAAGCGAGAGCGCAGCGCCAAGGAGCGGCUGUCACGAGAACGGGACCAAGCUCACGCCGAGAAGUACGCCAUCGAACAGAGCCUCUCUGAAGCUCGUCUGGAACUGGAGCUGAAAGAAGAGCGUCUGGCGGCGGCGACGCGCGAGCUGGAGGAGCGCGGAGGAGGAGGAGACGAGCUCACCGCGCUGAGGAGGAACAAGAGCGAGCUCGAGCGCAGGGUCCGCGACCAGGAGGAGGAGCUGGACGAGCUCGCCGGACAGAUACAGUUGCUGGAGAGCUCGAAGCUCCGCCUGGAGAUGUUGCUGGAGCAGCAGCGCAAGGAGGCGCGCCUGGAGGCCGCCGCGAGAGACGACGAGAUGGAGGAGACCAGGGCCAACGCCGCCAAGAAACUUAAGAUGCUGGAAAGUCAGCUAGAGAGCGAGCACUCCGAGCGAAGCCUGUUGCUGCGCGAGCGGCACGAGCUCGAGCGGCGUCUGACCGCGCUCGAGGAGACCGCGCGCGCUGAGAACCACGAGCAGGCGCAGCUGCUGCAGCGGCUCAAGAGGGACCUGAAACGAUACCGCGCUCUGUUACGUGACGCACAGACCAUGCUAGAACAGAAGGAGAAGGAAGGCGGGGCCAAGGCACAGAUCAGACAACUCAAGAACCAGGUGGAAGACCUAGAGCUGGCAGUCCGUGCAGCCACCAAGGCCAGACAGACGGCGGAGGCCGAAGCGGCCGAGGCCAACGCGGCCCUGGACGAGGCCACGCGGGCCCGGAGCGACGCGGCCGAGCGGGCCAUGACCGCGGCCCGGGAGGCGGCGGCCGCCAGGGCACAGCUGGAUGACGCCGAGGAGGAGGCUGCGGAGUUACUGAAGAAGUACCGGUCCAGUACGAGCGCCCUCGUGGCGGCCCAGAGCGAGGCGCGCGAGGCCUGCGCCCGCGCAGACGCCGCCGGCGAGGAGGCGCGCGCGGCCCGCGACAAGCUGGCCGAGCUGGCGGCCCGGCUGGCCCAGGCCGAGGCGGGGCAGUCGCAGGGCCAGCACGAGGCCGAGCGGAGGCUCGAGCUUAGGAAUAAGGAGUUGGAGUCGAGCCUGGAGCUGGAGGCCACAGCCCGGUCCCGGCUGGAGGGGCAGCUGGCGCGCCUGCGGGACGCGCACGACGCGCUGGCCGCCGAGCUGGGCGCCGCGCGCGCGCGGGAACAACACGCUGCCGACGAACUGCGCAAGGUCACGCGACAGAUGCGCGAGCUCAAAGAAGAGAACUCAUCUCUAAACGCGAAGCUGAGCGAGGCGGGGCGGGCCAAGGCCGCGGCAGAGUCCGCAGCCGCCGCCGCCGCCAGCGAGGCCGCCGCGGCCCGGGACGAGGCCAGGCUCGCCGCCAGGAGGGCCGCGGCCCUGCAGGAGGCCCUCGCAGGGGAUCUGGGUAGUCCCGCCGAUUCCAGGGACUCGGACAGCGACAACGACAGCUACAGCUCGGACGAGUCCAUCGGCACGUUCCUGGCGAACCACAAGCUCAGCCCUUCAGCGCCAUCUAGGAACAGUGUGCAACUGGACUCGCAGAAGUCUCACACACCAGAAGGCCGUCAGUCUCGAUCGAGCGUGGGCUCGAGCAAGCAGAUGAGUCCCACGAAGGAGUCGUUCGCAUAACAGCAGGCCGCCGGCGCCGGGCUGCUGACGCGCGCUCUGCCCGCGCUCUGCGCCGUCUUCUGCAGCAGGAACCCGCCCGCGCCGCAUCUCGUCAUGGACUAGGCACCCCCUGACACCUGUCAGACGUGACAGACGUCAGACGUGACAGCCGUCAGAAGUGACAGCUGUCAUAAGUGACCGAAGAAAUACCGUGUGUGAGACAAGAGACUCCCGUGCAAAUGUUGUUGUUGUUGAAGCAAAACCAAUCGAACACGUACCCCAUACCAGCGAUCUAAUAAUAUACAAUUUAUACACAGUAGCAAUAGUCAAGCUUGGAAUUAAAUGUAACGAUGGCUCCUAAAUUAGACUGCUCAGUAAAUGUUUUGAAACGUUGUCAUUAUAAUCGAUUUUACAUUCGAAUCGUUCGUGUUAGAAAGCUUUUGAUAUAAAAAUUAUUGAUGCGAUAUAAAAUGUUUGAUAAAAGUAUUUAGAUAAUUCUGUGUAUUUGAUAGGCGGCGCCGGUGUCCUGGACAGUGUUUCCAGGUUUAGAAAACGAAUGCAUUCCAGAUAAAAACGAAUAUGUUUAAACGAGCUUCUGAGUUCGCCGGCGCCGCGAUACCUAGGCUUGGACUUUAAUUUAUUUAGCGUAGAACAUGUAGGGAAUUAAUUAAUGAGUUAAUUGUCGGUUAGGGAACGCGACCGGCCUGCCAGUCAGUAUUUAGACGGCCAAGUGGCGAGUAACUUACAAAAUAAUAUUAGGUUCUUUGUUAUUUAGUUAGCUAACUUUUGUAAAUAACUAGAUGGCAUAUACAUUUUUAUUAUUUAAUUUGUAAUAUUCGUGUGAUCAGACUGUUAAACUAUGAUUUAUUUGUUACAAAUGAGUUGUUGCUUUAUAAUAGACAGGACAUAUCUUAUAGUGAAUAGAACAUUUUUUUAACCCCCUUCUCGACUGGUUUGUUUUUAUUGUAAUAUUAAUAUACAUUAGAUGAUUAUUAAUUAUUAAAUGUACUCCUCAUUAUAAUGUACCUUGUAAUUGUGUAUCUUCAUUAGUCAGAUUAUAUAUAUCUGUGUCUGUAACCACAUUAUAUUGUCUAUAAUAUGUGUACCGUGCGAUGAUGUGAUGAAAUGUUACUGCAUUCAAUACUGGUUGUAAAAUGAAAUUAUUUAAUAAAGUAACUGAAAAUAUA